AUGUCCUCCGAACAGCCUACCGAGGCCCCGUCCAGCGGCUCCCUCGCCGAUCGCAUCUCCAAACCUGAGGAGUCGCAGACCGAACAACCCACAAAAUGGGCCGAUGAGGCCGACCAGAACGACCAGACUGAUGGCGCCGCCGCGCAACUGGGCGGCUCCGACCUUCACGAGCCCGACUACACCGUUGAGGUUAAACUGAGCGAUCUCCAGGCCGACCCCAACAACCCGCUGUUCUCGAUCAAGAACUUCGAAGAUCUCGGAUUAGACCCCCGCAUCCUACAAGGUCUCUCCGCGAUGAACUUCCGUAAACCCUCGAAGAUCCAAGAACGUGCUCUGCCCUUGCUACUCAGCAACCCUCCCAAGAACCUGGUCGGUCAAUCCCAGUCCGGUACCGGAAAGACGGCCGCCUUCGUCCUGAACGUCCUCAGUCGCCUGGAUCUGUCGACGGAACAAAUGAAGAAGACCCCCCAGGCGUUGAUUCUGGCUCCGACUCGUGAGCUGGCGCGUCAGAUCGUCGGCGUCGUGCAGGUCAUGGGUCAGUUCAUGGAGGGCCUGGGUAUCGGGACCGCCGUGCCCGCCGACACCAACAGUCGCGUUGCGAAGAUGGAAUGCGCCGUGGUUGUCGGCACUCCGGGUACCGUCAUGGAUAUGAUCAAGAAGCGCGUCAUGGUGGCCAACAAGCUGAAGGUGCUCGUUCUGGACGAGGCCGAUAACAUGCUCGACCAGCAGGGUCUGGGUGACCAGUGUAUUCGUGUGAAGGCGUGA